AGUGUAGCUUAUAUUGCAUUUUGUUCGUAAGAAAAUUUUGGGGACAACACUGGGUAGUUUUUAAUUUCGAGACGAAAAUCGUUGUCUAAAAAUCUGCUAAUGGAGAGCGCCAAAUAGUUCUAUCGAGGAUCUUCCGAAAGAGUGGAAUUGUGCAUAAAGACACAGAAAUAUAUAUAGAUUCUUUCAGUACGCAGUUUCAUUAAUCAGCAAGUAUUGUGGGAGAAUGGCGUACAGCAGCGGCGAAGACGAUGGCAUAGAAUUUUACUACAGCAGAAACUUGCAGCCCGUCGAAGAUCAAUCCGACCCAAGAAAACGUGGGAGCGGUGGUCUGGUGCCCUCCAAAUCCACCGUCUACGUGGGUAAUUUAGAUUACUCUCUUACCAACAAUGACAUUUUUACAAUUUUCAGCACAUUCGGCAAGGUGGGCAAGGUGACUGUCAUGAAGGACCGUCAUUCGAGGCAGAGCAAGGGCGUUGCCUUCGUACUCUUCACUGCCCAAGCCGACGCCCAGAAGGCCGUCAAAGAAAUGGACGGUAAACUUCUUAACAAGCGCAAGCUCAGGGUCUCCAUUGCAUCAGAUAAUGGCCGGGCCACAGAAUUUAUCAAGCGUAGGGUUUACAAGGACAAGAGUAGGUGCUACGAAUGCGGGGAGCCUGGGCAUUUAUCUUACGAGUGCCCCAAGAACCUGCUCGGGAAAAGGGACAGGCCUGAGCCCAAGAAAAGGCGUGGCGGAGUCAGUGGUGCUAACAAGGAGAGAGGCUUUAGGGAUGAAGAAGACGAGGACGAACCACAGUUUGAGGAUGAUAAUUGGGCGUCUGUCGUGGACACAAGAGGGUUAAAUGAAAGAGACCCAGGGACGACUCGAGCGCCUCAUGCAGGAAAGAGCGGUAGCAGAGCGAACAAGGGCAAGAAUUACUUCAGCGAUGAAAGCGGGGAUGACGAUUGAUCACUGCAGGUUUAACUGGAAGGAGAUCAGAGCAACAUGCUUAAGCUGGCAAAGCAUAUGGAAAGGAAAGGUGAAGGUUCAUCAGCUCACUUACAACAUCAAGAUCACACCAUUCAAGACAAUGCAGUACUCCAAGUCUGAAGCUCAUGCAAGGCAGCAGAUAGGAGAACUUCCAUUACAAAGAAAGGCAGCACUCAUACAAGGGAUAAUGAGAUCAAGGAUCCCGCUACACGGAGAGGAGUUAAAUAAAGUGAUGCACUUCAUUUCAUCAAGAUCUAUGAGUUUGAGGAUCAAUGUCAAAGACAUCAACACCAAGAGAUGCAAGACAAAUCAACAAGGACUCAAGCAUCAUGACAAGGAGAUCGAAUCAUGCAAGAAGAAGAAAUGCUAAGGACAAGAUCCGUACAUUCAAGGUGAUUGCAAUAGGUGAGAGGUUAAGAUGAAGAAAGUAUAGAAUGGAGAUAAAUGCAAGUGCAAGCAUGGGAAUGCACGUGCUAAAGGAAGAAAAUUUUCACAAUAUUGAAUUUCCUUUGGAAAUCCAAGAAUAGUUGCCAGUAUAGCAAGAGUAAUCGGAGAUGGAAGCUCCAGGGCGAAGGUGAUCAAGUUAUGCAGAUUAUGCAAUUUGGGAGUAUCUCCCAGCAUCAUCCCAUUCUUCACUGUAGGCACUUGAUAAUGUUGAGUAUCAAGAGAUAUGCAUCAAUCACCUUCAACUUGUGAUGAGUUACAAGGUGUGCAAGUUGAGGUGGUGCCUAGUCAUCACCUAUUCAAUCACAUCAUUUCAAGAUAAGGUGUCCAAGUUCGGUGCACUUGACUCAUCCAACGAGGCAGAUAACUACCACAUGUGGGCACAAACGUUGAUAUACCUACCCUCAUCAUCUAUUGGUGAAUAAGUCAAUGAAGGACAUGUGUCCCACUCAAUGUAAUUUUGUCAUAGUCAAGCAUUAAAUGAAUUGUAAUGGGUGUAACCUAAUUAGGGUU